CUCCAACCAUUGAAUUGGUUUUAUUUCGAUGAUUUUGAUUUUCCCGAUUUUAAAGUUUCCUAGUCCUUGAACACUCCAAACAAUGGAUUUAGACAAUACGCAGGAAUCCAUGCCUUAAAUUCACCCAAACAUGCCCUUAGGAUUUUAGGAUUUUUGUUAUUUUAUUUCCGAAUCUGCAAGCUGUUCGUGUAUCUUUGUGCUCGUCACUUUUUAACUGGUUAAAGUUUCUUGUCUGUUGCGGUGAUGGGCGGUGGAAAAAAGAGGUUCAACAAGAGCAAAGGGUUAGGCCGAGGGUCAUUUGUUGCUGGUGGGGUUUUGGCAGAUUGGGCAAAUGAUUGUUCUCCCAGUAGAAGGGACCUAACAAAUCAAGGGACAUCUCGUUCAGCUCCAUCAAAUUUAUGCCAAGGGAAAGGGUUUGUAUCAAAUGAAAUGUCCAUCAAGACCCCUUCAAACACUGGUUCUGUUUCAUCAAAUAUGGGUAGAGGGAGAGGCUCUGUAUCAAAUGGCAAAUCCUUCGAGGCCACUUUCAAUGCUUUUGGCUAUGUGUAUCCUGAUACUGAGACUGUUGGAUGCUCUGGUAUGAAACUUGAGGAACUGUAUGCUGAACAGAAGGAGCCUGUCUUAUCAAGCAAUUGUUUUCAAGAGAGAAGUCCAGGCAAUGCAACUGCAAACAUUGAAGAUUGUCCUGAAGAUUCCCAAAUUGCUGCAUAUAUUGACCGAACACCAAGUGAAAAGUUUGUGAAUACACAUUUGAUUUAUGAUUGUGAUGAUGAUUUAAUUCUGGGUGAGGGUUGUCAAAGAGGGCUGGGAUAUCACAAGAUGGAGUCGACAACAAGUGCUAUGCUGGAGAAAAAGGAGAGUGGAGAAAGUCAUAUCCCUUCUGUUGAAAAGGAUGAUGUCAUGAAACUUGAGAAACUCAAUAAAGAUUCUGCAUUGGAGAAGGAAUCUGAGAGCAAUAUGAGAUAUGAUCAGAAAUAUGACCAGUCUUCCAAAGGGGUUAGAACAAAGGGUAAACCUUCCAAAAGGAAUGAUGGGUUUUUGGCUAUUGGAACGGUAAAAUUUUACACUGAAGAUAUACCGGGGCAGAGUGAUGAAGACGAUGGGUUGAUGAAUGAGUAUGCAGAGUCACUCGACGAUGAAAGCUCAGAGAAUUCUGCCUCCUCUUCUGGCAAUUCUAUUGGGUCGUCAGAGAGUGAUUAUUCAAGUGAAAUAGAUACUGAUAAUGACUCUGAUAUUGAUGAUGAGCUGGUAGAAGAUUAUUUGCAAGGAAUAGGUGGUAGCUCUAAACUGCUAGAAACCAAGUGGUUAGCUGAAAGGGAACUCUCACUAUAUUCUUCUCCUCUUGGUGGCCCGCAUGAAGUUGGGAACCCUUCUAGUUCUUCCCACGAUAGCAGUGAUGGAAGCAUUGAUGACUUGGUUGGGGUUGAUAUGUUUCAAUCACUUUCAAGAAAAACUUCAACCAAAAAAACACUGGGAAAUAGUAGUAAAGCAAAGUCGAAAUAUAAAACUCCAUCAGCUGUGGAGUGGAAUGAUAGGAGUAAUGAUCUAGGGAAUAUUUUGAACAGUGUUUUGUUUAUUAAGGAUUCUAGGAGCACCUUUAGGAGAAGAAAACAUGUGGUUCCAUUGGCUCAGUCUUGGGCUUCUGAAGCUCAUAAAAGUAAAGCAUACAAGAAUCUUUCAGGCAAAAGGAAAAAACAUCGCAAGGAAAUAAUUGCUUUGAAACGCCGUGAGCGAAUGCUACACCGCGGUGUGGAUCUUGAUCAAAUUAAUAUGAAUUUGAGACAGAUGGUUUUGAAUGAGGAGGAUAUAUCAUCUUUCCAACCAAUGCGUACUCGUGAUUGUUCUCAGGUACGAAAACUUGCUUCAAUUUACCAUUUAAGAAGUGGUUGUCAAGGUUCCGGGAAAAAAAGGUUUGUAGUUGUGUCACGUACGGCUCGGACAUGUAUGCCAUCUGCUACUGAUCAACUUCGACUGGAGAAGAUACUGCACGUAGGAUAUGAAUCCACUAAUUUCACGGUUGAGCAAAAUACCAAGAAGGAUAAAGGGGGAAGGAAAAGAAAAGCUGGUUUAAGAUCUCAUGCGAGGUCCACACAAGAUCAUUCCGAUUUGUACAGAGCCAUGAAAGGCCUAACCCACCUUUAUGAUAGUGGUGAAAUGAGAAGCAAGAAGCAAGGAAGGGGAAAGCAAAGCAUCCAAAAAGCCAGUCUGCCUGUGGCUUUUGUUUCGAGUGGCAUAAUGCAGGUAGAUUUCACAGGGGAAAAGGUUCGGAAUCUUAACAAGACAAAAACAACUACUGAAAAGAAAGAAUCCACGGGUUCAUCGAAAAUGGGUACUUUCGAGAUGCAUACUACAGGGUUUGGUUCGAGAAUGAUGGCUAAGAUGGGAUUUGUGGAAGGGGGUGGCCUUGGCAAGGAUGGUCAGGGGAUCACCGAGCCCCUUGCAGCAAUACAGAGGCCCAAGUCUCUAGGGCUUGGGGUUAAGUUCUCUAAAGUUGCAAUUUAGUGUGAAGGAGGGGGGAGUUUAGACUUCCAAUUGUUAGCUGCUGUAUCAUAAGUGUUCGUGUCCACCUUCAACAUAAGCAGUUUAAUCUUUGAAACAAAUAAUAUUACUCAGU